GCGUUUGGUAAGGCUGUCCUUGGAAGGCUUGCGGGGUUUCCUUCAAGAAAAUAAAAAAUCAAAGAAGCUUUGGCCAAUCUUGACAGCUAGCAAUUAUUUGUUUGCUGUCAAGUAAAUAAAAUUUUGUGAAGUGUGUCGAGGCGUUUCUUUCACAUCAAGGUAUUUUUCUUUAUAUAUGAAGAUUUUAUUGGAGAGCGGUAAUCACGCUCGUUCACCGCUCAAGGCUGUUUCCUCACCCAAGAACCAAGUCAACAUGGAGGACUUAGCUGUAGAAGUAUGCGGCGAAAACGGGGUCCUUUAUAAGGGCUACGUAAUAGACGUUUUCGAGGAUGAAGUACUCGUGCAUUUUGAGGAUGAGUGGCAACCAGACUCAAAAUUUCCAUUCUCACAAGUCAAGCUUCCUCUUAAGGUUGAAGGUAAUGUAGAAUUCACUGAAAACAUGGAAGUGGAGGCCUAUUCUAGAUCUAAUAAUAGUGAAGCUUAUGGCUGGUGGAAAUCUAGAAUAAAGAUGAUGAAAGGUGAUUUCUAUGUGCUGGAAUACUUAGGUUGGGAUAACACGUACACAGAAAUAGUUAGUAAUGAUAGGCUUAGGCCAAAGAAUACCAACCCUCCCAUUGAUAGGAACACUUUUCAUAAGUUUGAAAUUGAAGUCCCUGAAGAUGUGCGGGAAUAUGCAAAAGUGGAAAACGCGCACAAGGAGUUCCAGAAAGCAAUUAGUGCCGGUUACUUGGCGUACGACCCUGAACAGUGUGUCCUGCGCGUGAUCUCCAAACACGAGCAUAGCCGAAGAACCGCCUCCCUGCUUCAGGACAUGCACUUUCGCAACCUGUCCCAAAAGGUACUGCUGCUCAAGAGGACUGAAGAGGCUGCCAGACAGUUGGAGAGCACCAAGUUGGCCACCAUUGGAGGCAGCAAAUACCGCCGCAGGUCAGAUUUUUUUAAAGGGCGGGUCGGCAGUUACUCGGACGAGUUCAUGGUACGCGAGGACCUGAUGGGGUUGGCGAUCGGCGCACAUGGGGCGAACAUCCAGCAAGCUAGGAAAGUCCACGGCGUAACGAACAUCGAGUUGGAAGAGAACACGUGCACGUUCAGGAUACACGGGGAGUCAGACGAAGCCGUCAAGGCUGCCAGGCGGAUGCUCGAGUAUGGAGAGGAGUCGUUGCAGGUUCCACGGUUGUUAGUGGGUAAGGUGAUAGGCAAAAACGGUCGGAUAAUACAGGAAAUAGUUGAUAAGAGCGGAGUGGUUCGGGUGAAAAUUGAAGGUGAUAAUGAACCCCAGCCAACGAUUCCUCGCGAAGAAGGUCAAGUUCCUUUUGUGUUCGUCGGUACCGUCGAGAGCAUACAGAAUGCUAAAGUACUGCUGCAGUACCAUCUAGCUCAUCUUAAGGAAGUAGAACAGUUACGACAGGAGAAAUUAGAAAUCGACCAACAACUGCGCAGCAUCCACGGCUCGUCGAUGGGUUCGAUGCAGUCGCUGUCUCAAGGAGGCGGUCGGCGAGGGGGCCCCGGAGGCGGUCCAGGCGGUGGCCCUCACCACCAUUCCAACGACCACCAUCAUCGAGGCGGAUACGCGGGGGGCGAUUCCGAUGGAGGCGGUCCUGGGGGCGGCCCCAGGCAGCGAGAUGGAGGCGGUAGAGGAGGCGGCAUGGGUAGGGGGGGCAGAGGAGGUCGCGGCGAAAGAGGAGGCAGAGGCGGUGGAGGCAGGGAUGGCGGAAGGGACGGCAGCAGGUAUAAUUCAGGUUCCCGCCAUCAGACCCCGGAUACGGACGAGCGGCCAUACUAUGGCGGCGGUAGAGGGCGUGGUCGUAGAGACGGUAGGAGAAUGGAUGACAGGAGACGCACUACGGAUGACGAAGAAACUGUGCUGGAUAGCAGGGAUGUUUCUAGCGCGGACAGAGAAUCGGUGUCCUCUGGAGACGGUAGGGGAGGUGGUAGAAGCGGUGCUGGUGGGAUGACGGAUGGUACCGCCCAAGGAGGCGGAUCAGGCCAGAGGCGGCGCAGACGUAGGGCCAGAGGGCAACAGCGCAGUCGCACUCCAUCUUUAGCGCCACAAUCUAGAGAGAAUCAUGUCGCAGACAUACAGGCGAAUGCGCAGAUUGUUGCUGAUAAAGUGACCAACCACACUGGCGGCGAUGCUCAGCAACAAUCUGUUCCAACUGAACACAUGAACAACGGUGACGGACCAGCGGGGCAUCCUGCGCGAGGACAGCCUCCGCAGAAAGGCAACCGCUCGAACAGGCCGCCCCCUUCAUCUCGCAGGGGCGGCGGACCCCCAGCUGGAGACUCGGCCGCCCCCGCUAGCAAGCCACCCAAGGAGCAGCUGGUGAACGGCACCGCCGCGUAAGUGGGAGGAGCGAAAGGGUGACAAAAGGGCGGGGCCAAAUGGACGGUGGGCGUGGCUAAAUGAUAAGCGCGCGUGCGGGCGGGGUUGAGAUGCAUAGCGGACGAUGAAAAGUGGAAAAUUAGGUGAAACGAGCGGUUUUGGUCAAAACGAUCGUGUUCGUUUGAACAAGCCGCUUUCGAAGCUCCACUGAUAUUACAUUGCUACUUAUUCAGGUGAAAAGAUAAAUUAAUAGAUACCCUUGCGUUCAAGUAUAGAUGGAAAUAUAAUAGGAUGAAAAGUAAGGUAUGAAAAAAACUCAAUGAUAGUGAAUUGCAGUCAAUAUAAGCAGCCUAAUUUGUUGUACAAACUACUACAAAUACUUGGAUAAGGAGUUCGAGAAAAAAUCACCCUAUCACCCUUCAAUGAGGUUGCAACAGUUGAGUCAAAGAUAAAAAUAAAGGUACGAUGCCUUGAUAUGAUGAAAAACGUUCGGGACAAAUCCAAAUUGAGACUGGAAACGAUUUAAUGAAUGGUUUUGAGAUAUGUAGUCUUGAAUCCAGACAGUUUCACUCAUCUCGAAAAAAAUUGAGGACAUCAAUUCCAAAGCAAUAUGUAAAACUGAAAGAGAUGACACCUCUAUAAUAGGAAUUGACACAAAAAAGAUCUUUACAUUUGGGUCAACACUUUCAGAACCAAAGGGUAGAGGCCGGUUUCCUUCCAAUUGGCUUCUAUGCUUAACCGCAGGGGUAUUUUUUCUCCAGAAUAACCAUAUUAUUAAUAAUUUAUACUCGAAUUUUACGUUACAAUAUUUACAUCCACGUAAAUCGCAUGUUUGACCGCUGACUAAAUCAUUUUUCGCCAUUGAAAAUAUUUAAAAAGAACACAGCUUAAGGCGCGAAGAAUUUUACCUACAUGCGAAUUAACCACAAGGUUAUGAAGUUAUAGCGUCGUAUAAACGUAGGAAAUAGUUGCGUUAGCAGCGCUACAUACUCAACGCAACUAAUAUGAUUUAGUAAAUGUAGUUUACCAACUCUUGGAAGGUUUGUAAUGUUUUGGUACUUCAGCAAUUCAUUUUAAUAUUUAUGGCUACGCGACACUGACCUAUGGUUGCUUAUUUUAAUAUAAGAAACGUGGUUCGACAACAACGUUAACAACUGAGAAUAAAUUUUACCAAAAUUACGUAGUCUAUCGCAAUGUUAUUCGACAACUAUUUUGCUAAACUUACGUAGCUGAUCUCCAAAGUAACACCCUAUGUAAUGCGCGCUGGGCAGUAAGAUGCUCGCCAUUAUGGAACUAAAACUGAAACAACUGCUCACCAGAAUAAAGAUUUUGUACAGCAUUAAUUAUUAAUUUAUGAGUUUACACAAACCGGAAAAGACAACUUCCUGAUUAUUAAAUUCCAAUAUGCACAAUUUAAAAUAAUUGACAAUUGUACUUAAAAAAGUGUGAUGUUUUCCUGAAAUGUAAUUCAUAACUUCCGCUGUAUAUCUCAACCCGCUCUGCCGUUGAAAAAACAAACAAACAAGGAAUUGUAAUAGUUUCUAUGACUCGCGUUUUCUUAAGAAAAUUCUUAAUAUAGAGAAGUAAUAAUAUAAGCAUUAUAAUACACAUACUGAUACUUUUCUGGAGUGACAUGUUUUCUACUAACCAGCUACAGAGCUACAGUCAUUAUAGCAUGGAGCUUUGCUAAGGAUACAACUUUAUGUAUAUUUUUGCAAAGAAAUGUUUAAUGUGAGUUUUUUUGUAUAUUUGUAAAAAUAAACUUUCUACGGAAAAACGUAUCGAUAGUUUUUUAGUUGGAAAUGGUAGCAACAGCGAGGUAUGAGCAUACUUGCAUUAGCUUUACCUAUAAUCCACUGAUUAAUGCUAAGAUAGCCAACCAUAUAGCAUAUUACAGCACCCAAAGAAGGAAUCUGAAAGGUACCAGCGCCAUAUUCGAAACGGUAUCCGAACACAAAAAUGAAUGUAGACACCCAAUUUGAAAAGAGAGUCUUUGGCCUAACAGGCCACUUUAAGUGGGUAUCUUCAGGAGGAAUACGUUAAUCAAUGCCUGAAAAUAACCAUUUGGAAUUGGGCAAAAGAGGUCUGAAAAUUCUAGCUCCAUCAGUGAGAACAAAACACCAGAUCUUUUCAAAGUAAAUUUCUAAAUUCAUUUGUGUGUUCUGCUAAUGUGUUAUAGAUGGCGCUGGUUACUUUCUGAUGCCGGAAUUCAGUAUACUUGGCUAUAAUUAAUUUUUGGUAAGAAUGUUACCUUUUCCAUACUCGGCUUUGCACCCAUCGUUUCUCUGUGCUUCAUUUCUUUGUGUUAUGCUGACUGUAGUGGGACAAGCAUUGGUAUAUGAAGUGUCAGUACUUUCACUGUUGUAAAAACUAUUACCGCUGCCCGAUGAUAUACCUUCGAAUAUUUAGCAAAAAAGUAAAAAAAUCGGAAAAAUACCUAGCAAGUUGAAUGGAGAUAAAUAUGGAAAAUUACGUAGUGAGCGGAACCUGCUCCAAUCUUGGACGAAUCUAAGGACUGCAUAGGUUCUGUGAACCUAACAAAAAACAAAAAACGAGAACGUCGCAUUGUGGGUGUUUUCAAGCAAUAUAUACAGGGUGUAGGGUUUAUUUUCGGUCAUGUUCCCGUGCAAAAGAAUCGAGGAGAGUAGAUAACGUUUGUUUUAAUAGUGCUGAUAUUAACACAUUUUGACAAGUAACCCUAGGUCAAAUACAAAAAAUGCAUCCGGAUUGCAUUAAAAACUUAAUUCCAACCGUCAUCACUACAAGAUAAGUAACAUUUUGUGCCAAACAUUUUGCGAGUAUAGGUAGCGUGGAUACCUAUUUAUAUUUACAUUUUAGCAUGGAUCUUUACACUAAGUAUCGCCCUGUAUAUAUAUAGCGAAUAAAGCCCUGCUUUCACGUCAACAUGCGUCGUCUUAUUUACAGUACGCUUGUGGACUUUUUGUAAGUAUUUGGAAGUGUUGCUAGUUUUUUAGGUGUUUUUUUGUCAAAAAAAAAAAAAAAUGGGUGCGCAUCUUUCUGGAACGGUUUUGUGAGCUUUACGUUUAUUGUAAAUCCCAUUAUUUCCCAGUAACAUUUAAAUUUUGUAAUAUAUGUGAGAAUUAUCAGCUUGCCCUCAUGUAACUUAAUUUGUAGUUUCAUACAAAUUUUAACGAUAUUCAUAAUAUAUUUUUGGCACUUUGUAAUUUCUAACUGCAAUUUACUUAUUGUAGGAGGACUGAAUGUACGCUGAUGGUAGGGUUAAUCUGUCAACAUUUAAAGAUAGUUACUCGGGAGAUGAGCUGAUAAAUUCCAGCACUUAUGUUUACCAUUAGAAUUCGGUGUUUUUUCAGUUAAAAAUUACAACCAUUUGUGACCUUAUGUAUUUAUAUAUUUUAUUUAUUUUUUGUUCUAGUUUAUAGUGCUGUACAUUAGUUACAGAUUAUUUUCUAUUUUUUCCCUCAUUUUUUUUUACUUUUAAGUGUAAUAAUGUAAAUAAAGCCUUCCUCCUCAUUAAUUGUUUAUUUCCAUUUUUUGUUUUAGUGGAGAUUUUCGUAGGUGCUCAUUUUUGCAUUUUAUUAUAUUUACGUGUUAAUCCGCUGUGUACCGAUGAUAUAACACAUUUUGCAUUGAAUAAAUUAU